CCAAAAAAAUAAAAUUAUUUAAAAACAUUGCACUCUAUUAUUUACAUAGAAGAAGCUAAAGACAAAGCAGAGGAGGAAGCAUACAAAACAGAGAGAUAAGAGCGCGAUGAGACGUCAACCACGUCCACGUCCCUCUCCACCGCGUUCUCACUCGUCUCCGUCGUCAUCUUCAUCGGAGUUUGAGUUCAACGUCUCAAUCUCUCCACGAAAAGCUUCUUCUUCGCUUUGCCCCGCCGAUGAGCUCUUCUACAAAGGCCAGCUUCUCCCUCUCCAGCUCUCCCCUCGUCUCUCUCUCGUCCGUACACUCUGUUCUUCUACUUCUUCCUCUGACUACACUUCCUCUUCCUCCGCGGCACGUGACUCCACCGAAUCUUCCUCCUCCACCGAUUCCACCGCCUCUUUCCCUCUCCUCCGCCCUCCGCCGCUCGAUGGCUGCGACUCUUCCCGUCCUAGCUCCGUAACCGAUGAGGAAGAUUCGUUCUUUAAACCGACGAAGAAGAACACUAGCGGCGGUUUCUCGCUCUCUAGAUUCUCCUCUGUUUUCAAGAAAGAACACAAAACCGUCUCCGCCGCGGCUCCGUCGCCGGUGAAGAGAAUGAGCUCCACGGCGAAAGAGGUUAUCCGCAAAUACAUGAAAAAGGUCAAACCUUUAUACGACAAGCUAUCUCAGAAACAGAGCACCACCACCGUCACGUCUUCGAAAACAGAGCAAUCAUCUCUCAAACAUUCCGGCAACAUCCGAGGAACCUCCUCCGCCGUCGCCUCCUCCACCGCCAUUCCGGCCGCUGGCUCCAGCAGCGGAGGGCUAUCUAUCUCUUUCUCAGGAAACCUAAUGAAAUACACGAAGCGAGGACGAUGCGCGGCGAGCUGUCCGUCGUCCAUGAGGUCGUCUCCGAGUCACUCCGGCGUGCUGACACGUGGCGGGUUUCCGGGUCAAGGAGGAGGUGGAGGUAGCUGCAGCAGCAGCAUCAACAACAGUAUGACUUCUUCGAUGGAAGAGCUUCAGAGUGCUAUUCAAGGAGCUAUUGCUCAUUGCAAGAACUCAAUGAUGCAGAAGAAUAUGGUUAGUAGUCUCGAGAUCUAGUUUGAUGCAUCCAUAUAUGUUUUGUUGUUCUUGUCUUUCUAGACAUUUAAAAAAAAAAUUUAAUCUACUGUUUUGUCUUAGAAUUGCCAGUGUGAUCCAAACAUCCGAUAUAAUUAACGAUGCUAUUGGUUAUUUUAUCUGUUUGAUUAACUUAACUCAGAAUAAGACAUUGUAGUUGGUGGUUCAUUUCAA